CUGGCUCCAGGGCUUCCCUUGUGCUCCCAUGCAGAAAGGGCUCCCUAGGGAGCUUGAUGCCAGCUGAGACAAGAAAAAAAACAAGGGUUUAGAAUCUUAUUUUCAUCAUGGCGGCAGAAAGCCCAGAGACAGAUGGUCCCAGAUCCUUCAUGCCUGCUGAGCUUCACCAUCCCCACUCUAAGUAUUCUCAGUGGAAGUUUAAGCUGUUUAGGGUGAAGUCCAUGGAGAAGGCACCUCUACCCAGUGAAACACAGCCUGAGAUAGGAGCCUCAUUAGGAAUCUCACCUCCUACAGUUCCAAAUAUAGAGACGGAUCAUGAUGCGGGUCCAGUGAGCGUUAUGAAACUGUGCCUGGGGGGAAAAAGCAAAGAAAACGUGGAUGGCCCUGGCAGAAGAGUGGAUCUGAAGUUACAAGAAAUGGACACUCAUAUGAACCAUCUCAGGUGCUUGUGUCGUAUCUGUGGAGUGGUGCUGAGGAAAGUCAAAGGACCAGUGCACAAUGUUCAGGAUGCUCUAGAUGAAGUGAGCAAAUGUGCACUGCGCAAAAUGGGCUGCAAGUUCACAACCUGGCCCGAAGUCAUCCUGAAGGUCUUCAAAGUGAAUGUGACCGAGGACACGGAAUCUAUUCACCCCCUUUCCUUCUGCCACCGAUGCUGGAUGAUUGCCAUUCGAGGAGGAGGAGUCUGCAGUUUCACCAGGACAAAAAUCUCCGAAUGGAAGCCYCAUUCUUCUCACUGCAACCUUUGCUCCCCCAGGAAGUCUUCGUUCCAAAGGACGGGGAGGAAGAGGAGGAAAAUUAUUCCCAGAGUGCAGAGUCUGGCCAAAAGGAGCAGGUGGGACUAUGGUGAAAGCAUUGUUGUUGGUGAGAAGAGAGCCUUGAGGCCCUUCGGAGACCGACAUGGGCCUGUGGUAAGAGCCUGGAAGAAAACUGGCAUCCAGAGAGAGCAGUGGGUCAAGAGUAUCACACACUGCCAGAAUGACCACCUGAGUAUCAAGCUGAUCUCUGAGAAGCUCCCUGCAGACUUCAUCAUGUCCUUCACCUGCCUGGUGUGUGACCACCUGCUGUCAGAUCCAGUUCAGGCUCCCUGCGGGCAUCUCUUCUGCCGCAGCUGUAUCAUAAAAUUCACCCAUGUUCUGGGACCCCACUGCCCGUCAUGCAACCUUUCCUGUCCCCCUGAUGAUCUCAUCCCUCCCGCCAAAACCUUUUCGACCGCACUGCUUUCCCUGCCACUGCUGUGCCCCUGCGAAGGCUGCGGUAAGCAAGUGCAACUCUGUUCAUUCAAGGCCCACUGUCUGAGCCAUGAGCUGGAGACAAACCACAACUCAUCAGAGUUAGAAAACUACUUGCUAACCAAUAAAGGUGGAAGACCCCGGCAGCACUUGCUCUCUUUAACCCGUCGUGCUCAGAAGCAUCGGCUGAGAGACCUGAAGAGCCAGGUGAAGGUGUUUGCAGAUAAAGAGGAGGGCGGUGAUCUGAAGUCGGUGUGUUUGACCCUGUUUCUGCUCGCUCUGAGAUCUGGGAAUGAGCAUCGGCAGGCAGAUGAGCUCGAGGCCAUGAUGCAAGGCAGAGGCUUUGGUUUAAGUCCAGCUGUGUGUUUGGCCAUUCGGAUCAACACCUUCCUGAGCUGCAGCCAGUACCAUAAGAUGUACCGAACUGUCAAAGCCACGAGUGGCCGCCAAAUCUUUCAGCCCUUGCACACCCUCCGAGCUGCAGAGAAAGAACUUCUCCCUGGCUUUCACCAGUUCGAAUGGCAGCCAGCUCUAAAAAACGUGUCUACCUCUUGCAAUGUUGGCAUUAUUAAUGGGCUCUCUGGAUGGACCUCCUCUGUGGAUGACGCUCCCGCUGACACCAUCACUCGACGCUUUCGCUACGACGUGGCGCUGGUGGCGGCGUUAAAGGAUCUGGAGGAGGACAUCAUGGAAGGGCUGAGAGAGACGGGGAUGGAAGACAGCGCUUGCACCUUAGGUUUUAGCGUUAUGAUCAAGGAAUGUUGUGAUGGCAUGGGCGACGUCAGUGAAAAACACGGAGGAGGACCAYCGGUUCCAGAAAAGGCUGUUCGCUUCUCUUUCACUGUCAUGUCUGUUUCUAUCCAGAGUGAAGACAAGAAUGAAGAAGUUACCAUUUUCACAGAACCAAAGCCAAACUCAGAACUGUCCUGUAAGCCCCUUUGUCUUAUGUUUGUCGAUGAGUCAGACCAUGAGACACUCACAGGUGUCCUGGGGCCCAUUGUUGCAGAGCGAAAUGCAAUGAAAGAAAGCAGGCUCAUUCUGUCCAUGGGUGGGAUGCUGCGCUCCUUUCGCUUCCACUUCAGAGGCACGGGCUAUGAUGAAAAGAUGGUGCGUGAAAUGGAGGGGCUGGAGGCCUCGGGGUCCACAUAUGUCUGUACUCUCUGUGACUCUAGUCGCGCCGAGGCAGCUCAAAACAUGGUGUUACACUCCAUCACUCGCUGCCACGAGGAGAAUCUAGACCGUUACGAAAUCUGGAGAACCAACCCCUACUCUGAAUCUGUGGAUGAGCUGCGAGACAGAGUCAAAGGCGUCUCUGCCAAGCCCUUUAUGGAGACUCAGCCCACCCUGGAUGCGUUGCACUGCGACAUCGGCAAUGCCACUGAGUUCUACAAAAUUUUCCAGGACGAGAUCGGGGAAGUGUUCAAAAAGGCCAACCCCAGCCGGGAGGAACGACGCAGCUGGAGGGCAGCCUUAGAUAAACAGCUGAGAAAGAACCUGAAGCUUAAACCAGUAAUGAGGAUGAAUGGGAACUAUGCCCGCAGGUUAAUGACCAUGGAGUCUGUGGAGGUGGUGUGUGAGCUGGUGCCCUCAGAGGAGAGGAGAGAAGCCCUGAGGGAGCUUAUGAGACUCUACCUGCAGAUGAAGCCUGUGUGGCGCGCCACAUGCCCAGCUAAAGAGUGCCCCGACCAGCUGUGCCGGUACAGUUUUAACUCCCAGCGCUUCGCCGACCUUCUCUCCUCUACCUUCAAAUAUAGGUACAAUGGAAAAAUAACUAAUUACCUGCACAAGACCCUGGCUCACGUGCCUGAAAUCAUAGAGAGAGAUGGAUCCAUUGGAGCCUGGGCCAGCGAGGGGAACGAGUCGGCAAACAAACUGUUCAGGCGAUUCAGGAAGAUGAAUGCACGUCAGUCAAAGGCCUACGAGCUGGAGGAUGUGCUGAAACACCACUGGCUUUACACCUCCAAGUUCCUGCAGAAGUUUAUGGAAGCUCAUAAAGACUCUGCCAAGGCUUUCCAGGCGACAAUCGACCCAGAAGAGAUGCAGGAUGAUGAGGACAUGUCUCUGGAUGUCACUGAUUUUUGAAAUUUUCCCCCAUGCUUUUAACAUUUGAUUGGUUUCAAKUGAGAGUGAACCCACACCUCUGUUUUUCUUUUUACACGUUUUUACAUUCUGUACCUAUUGAUUGAUGCUUUAAUCCAUGUUGAAAGGCCAUCAGUUUCAACAUGCUGUGGGUUCAAAAUCUGAUUUGAACAUUAAUUAAACAUGCCGUUUCAGUUCAAGUAUUUUUUUCCCCAAAAAGUUAUCAUUGAUUGUUUGAUUCAACAAACACCUUUUUGAUUAAUCACAUUUUUACACUUGAAUUUUCUCAACUAUAUUUUUUUGUUUAUUAUUGUUUGCUUUACUCGUAUCAAAUUUACUUUAAAUUUAACCUACCUUGCUUGAAUUGUUAGUUCCUACACUUAGAACAGCAGAGAAAUAGUAAAAGUAACAUCCAAGUUUCUUUUUCUUUGCCCCUUUUCCUUUGUUCUUUUUUUUCAACUUUUGCUGUCUGUGAAAUAUGGUGCAUUUUAUUGUAUUGCAAAGAUGACACAUUUAUGAAUUUAUACGGAGGGGAUAUUUAUGGAAACAGAUGAAAAAGCUGUAAGUCAUGGAGGGAAAUUGUGUUAAAAAGACCACAUUUGUGGCCAGUGUUUUAAUAUAUCAUUUUAGUCGAAGGAAAAUGCAAUCACAGGGACCCAAAUGUUCUUUGUUUUAUGAGUGCCCUCUGAAAAAAGAUGACUUUAGCGCUUUAUCGCAGGGUCCCCAAGGGCCAGGAUAGUUGCCAGGUCACUUUAAAACCAUUUUUUGUCUCUUUUAGGUUUUUGCACGGUGAAAGAUAGAUGAUAUUUAUUUGAAAUCUUCACACAAAGUAAAGCAUACACUGACCUUUUUGUUGAUAUCUUAAGAAUAAAGUACGGUCCAUUAGAAAGCUCAAUACCCCAUGGACUCUCUUGCAUGGAGGGAUUUUUCCCCACUCCUGUUUAUGACCUGGUUCUUUCUCCUCUGCUGGUAUUUCUUCACUGCCAGUCUUGACAGAGGAGAGYGAUGCAGGGGGAAACCAGAAAGACCUGAUGUAAACUGAUUUUUCUGCAACUUUAUUUAUUUGAUUGAUUGAUCACAUUGUCUUUUCUGCCCUCAGCAUUUUGAUUUGUGACAGGCAAUUUUGUUUUCUUACUUGAUUGAACGUUUGGUUCUAUUUUACUGUCGUGAAGUUUAACCAUGAGGCAGCAAUGAAGCAUUCACAUUUCAUUGGACAGUUGUCAGAGUUGCACAAUAACAUCAUUUUUUAGAGUGCAUCACAUUGCAACUUGUCACAUAUUUUAUUUUUUUGCUGUAAUGAAUUACAUUUCGCAAGUAAUGGAUGAUGGAUGAGUCACAGAAUCUCACUUGUUCACAUUUCACAGUGUUUUCUCCUAUUUUGUGCUUUCAUACAUACACUAAAAAUCUGGUGACAUGUUCACUUAGAUUGCUCUGGUCAUGCAUUUCACGUAAAAGCGAAAUAUUACACUAAAACAGCCAAACAGUAUCAUGUUGCUCAUUUUUCUAUUUCUUUUAGAUACUACAGCUGCAAAAGGGACAUCCUGUUGAAAGUUUAUUGUUGUGGAUGAUGGA